AUGAAGCUCUCCUCAAAGGAGGUGAACAAGUCACCUCUGUUCUUAUUGAUGAAGUCCCAAGAAAUGGUCAACCUUUUGGAAGAUAUGAACAUGGAUGAAGCAUCCGAGGAAGUGGCAGUUGAGUUGGCCGCACAAGGAGUCAUUGGGAAGAGAGUUGAUCAAAUGGAGUCGGGGUUUAUGAUGGCACUAGAUUACAUGAUACAACUUGCUGAAAAGGACCAGGAUGAUAAGCGCAAGUCACUUCUGGAGGUGAUCAAGGAGACUGUAUUAUCUCAUCUUACUAAAAAAUGUCCCCCACAUGUUCAAGUGAUUGGCCUACUCUGUAGAACUCCCCAGAAAGAAAGCAGACAUGAAUUGCUACGCCGAGUGGCUGCAGGUGGUGGUGUAUUUCAAAGUGAAAAUGGCACCAAAGUUCAACUUCCAGGGGCAAAUCUAAAUGAUAUAGCGAACCAAGCUGAUGAUUUACUAGAGACAAUGGAAACUCGCCCAGUUGUUCCUGAUCGAAAGCUGCUUGCAAGACUGGUUUUGAUCAGAGAGGAAGCCCGGAAUAUGAUGGGAGGUGGAAUACUAGAUGAAAGGAAUGACCGUGGUUUGAAUACCCUCCCCGAAUCAGAGGUGAACUUCUUGACCAAGCUGGUUGCCUUGAAACCUGGGGAAACUGUUCAGGAAAUGAUUAAAAACGUAAUGCAAGGAAAAGAUGAAGGUGCAGACAACUGCGAAGGUGACAAAGGAGAUUCUAGUAGUGGAAAGUUUUCUGGUGGGAUUGCAGGCAGAUCAAGUGUAACAGGACGAAAACCUCUUCCUGUGCGCCCUGGCAUGUUUCUUGAGACUGUCUCCAAGGUGUUAGGUGGUAUAUAUGGUGGAAAUAUCUCUGGCAUCACAGCGCAACACCUCGAAUGGGUUCAUCAGAAGACACUUCAAAUUCUUCAGGAAAUAGCAUUUUCGUAGCUGGCACCAUAUGACCAUUACGUUGUAAACUCAGUUUUGCGUGUCACCUUGACUGUUAAAAUGCAUAGAACAUUGAGAGAUCAAGACAGUACUUUUUAUGUGAAAAUACUGUUUAUAAUUCCACACUAAGGGAGUUCUCGCAUCAAACCUACUGGGCCACUAUCUCACCAAUUGGGAAACUGCAACCAUCACCAAAUCCUCCCUUAAUCUUCCACCCAGGUUGGUCUGCUCAUAUUUGUCAUAUUGUAUAUACAUACAUUCUGCAAGUUUUGAUUACUUCCUUGUAGGAGCUUACCGGGUUGUAAAGCAAGCCGCCAAUGGCGGUUUUGUGGACUAUACAGCAUUCUUUGGAUUUGGGACUUAGCUCAAAUUCUGGUAAAUGGUGAAAGCAAUCCCUUUUUCUUUUUA